ACUACUAUGCAUUAUUACUGGUUAGGAUAUUUCAGCAUUGUUUGACAAAGUGUGCCUCAAAAAUCCAUGUCUUGUACCCAAGAGCUUCAUGGCCGCACCUUCUCUCUCCUAUUGAUGCAUGUUUCAAAACAUAUGUAUGCCCAUUCCUCUAAAACAUCCUACGUACAUUUCUCUGUUCCUACCUCUCAAUCCUAUAGUUUCCCUCUUCUGGUUUUCCUUGAAUCCAACUUUCCUGGAUCGCUUUAUUAAUUCCCUGGUUUAUUCUAAAUUCUCAUUUGAUUUGUAAUCAUCUACCUUUUUUAGUUCAUUGAUCGGUACUUUGAUGAGAAUAUAGCAGAAUGAGAAAUUCAAGAAAAAGCAAAAUGGUGACAGAAGAAAACAGCCACCACAAACAAGCAUUCGGGAGCGAAAUGCAAUCUGAUCCAAAUGAAGAUGAAUAUUCUUUUCGAAUAAGCAACAUAUCAGAAACUAGCCAUGCAAAUUACGAUCGCCCUCGUCCUCGAUUAAGCUCCGAUUACAACUCUCCUCACAACACAUCUCCUACAUGGGAUCCAUCAUCAUCUCCAUAUUUAGAUCCUUCUUGGGACCAAACAACAUCUCCAUUAUCAAAAUCUCCAUGGACAUCUCACGUCGAGCCUAGUACUAAUUAUUCCUAUACAGGUCUUAUGGGUUCCCUUGUUCGUGAAGAAGGCCAUAUAUAUUCUUUGGCCGCUUCAGGGGAUUUGUUAUACACAGGAUCUGAUAGUAAGAAUAUUAGGGUGUGGAAAAAUCACAAAGAAUUUUCGGGAUUUAAAUCAAAUAGUGGAUUGGUAAAGGCAAUUAUUAUUGCUGGAGAAAGAAUUUUUACAGGUCAUCAAGAUGGGAAGAUUCGUGUUUGGAAGGUUUCUGGUAAGGAUCCAAGCGUUUACAAACGCAUAGGAACUUUACCAACUUUAACGGCUUAUAUAAAAAGUUCGAUGAAACCGAGCAAUUAUAUCGAAACGAGGCGAAAUCGAAAUGCCGUGUGGAUAAAGCAUUUUGAUGCGAUUUCUUGCCUUUGCAUGAGCGAGGACCAAAAGCUUUUGUAUUCAGCAUCUUGGGAUAAAACCAUAAAAGUUUGGCGACCAUCAGAUUCGAAAUGUUUGGAAUCGAUAAAUGCCCACGACGAUGCCGUAAAUUCAAUAGUUGUUGGCUUUAAUGGACAACUCUUUUCAGGAUCUGCUGAUGGAACUGUUAAAAUAUGGAGAAAAGAAUCACAAGGGAAAGGAACAAAACACUUCUUUUCACAAACAUUAUUGAAGCAAGAAUGCGCCGUAACAAGCUUAGCUGUGGACCCAACAUCGAAUUUCCUCUAUUGUGGUUCCUCUGAUGGGCUAGUCAAUUUUUGGCAACGUGACAAGCUUUUAACUCAUGGAGGAGUUUUAAGGGGUCAUAAACUUGCAACACUCUGUUUAGCAACGGCAGGGAAUUUAAUUUUCAGUGGAUCAGCUGAUAAUAAUAUUUGUGUGUGGAGAAGGGAUGGGAGUGAACAUAUAUGUUUAUCAGUUUUGAGCGGCCACUCUGGUCCCGUAAAAUGUUUGGCCGUCGAAGAGGAUAAAGAACAAACAAGUGGUGAUCGACAGUUUAUAGUGUAUAGCGGAAGCCUUGAUAAAUCGGUGAAGAUAUGGAGAGUGUCACCGCAAGCACAACAGCAAUUACAAAAUCAGGCCGAAGUAGGGAUGAGUCCGCCGCAGACUUUUCCUUCUGCUUGUAGCCUUGGAUCACAAAGUAGCUGCAGAGUUAGCCAAAGGAGAAAAUAGUAACGGUGGGAACAUUUACAACGGAGAAGAUUACAUUUUUCUUUUGACAAUUGUGUAGAAGCAUGCACGCAGCUAGCUUUGGAGAUUGACCAAGUUAAAAUUCUCUAUCUUUUGCUAGCUUUGCUGAGAAAAUGUAAAUGAAGGCUUUAUUUGUUUUCACCUUUUAGAGUUGGAACACAAAUUAAUGUCAAUGGCGAUGGAUGUAAUUGAAUUGUUGUUGUUUGUCAUACGUGCAUUAACAUUAGCGUGAUAUG